UUUCGGCGUUCGCGGGGUCGUCGACCUGUUGGGCCAGUUUGUUGAAGUCAUCUUCUACUUAUGCAGGUCUCAUAGCAAACAAUGUCACGAUCCUAGACACGUCCAGACAUAUCAUCAAUACCGCGGGCAAUAAGUAUUCUCAGGAACUACACACGACAACCGAAUUACUGAAAGCUGGAAGUGAGCGAUGUUCGUGCUUUCCAUCAUCAAGGACACCGUUGCGGUGCAUCCUCAACACUUCGGUGCGCCACCCGAGCAGGCGAUCACCAACGAGCUCAAUAAAAAGUACGCAAACCGCGUCUUGCACGACGUCGGGCUGUGCAUAUGCGUGUUUGACCUCGCGGAGGUCGGCGAGGGGAAGGUUCGGUACGGAGAUGGGUUUCUAUGGUACAAAGUGAUAUUCAGGUUGACCGUGUUCCGACCAUUCCCCUCCGAAGUCAUUCUUGCGAAAGUCAAGUCUUCAGAUGAAGACGGCAUUCGACUGACGGUCGGUUUCUUCGACGACAUUUAUGUCCCCCUUGUAUUCCUCUCAGAGCCCUCAGCAUUCGACCCAAACGAGCGCGCACACUUCUGGAUGCCCAGCUCCGAAGCCACCUCUGCGCACGAGCUGCUAGACUCUGCGGUGGCCGACAGGAUGUACAUCGACACAGGCGAGGUCGUCCGCGUGCGCGUCGAGUCCGACGAGUUCUACGACGACGAGCCUGGUCCCCCCAAGGCGACGGAGGGCGUGCAGCAGGCGCAUGAAAACAGACGGCCGCCAUAUACCAUCAUCUGCUCGAUAGCGGAGCAGGGUUUGGGUCCCGUGUCGUGGUGGAAGCCUGGGGCCGACGCAAUGGAUGAGGGAUAGCAGUGUGCUGGGGAUGUCUAAUAGGUGUUCAUUGUCCAGACGCUGUAGCCAUACACUGUUCGUGCGGCGUUCCAUAGUGCCGUGUAAUACUACUGCUGAUACUUGUCUACAUGAGGCCCGGCUCUCGCGGAUAAUAAAGGGAAUCAAACAAAAUAUUGCUGAUACUAUGUUUGCUUACUCCAAGUCGUC